CCACACUCCUCCCUCAUCCACAGAGCGCAAGUAGCCAACAGCCCAACAGAAGAAAGUCUCCGCAAUCAAUUCCUCCGUGCCGGCGUUCGAACAGAGUUCGAGGCAGCUGUGCUGGGCUGGCGGUGGUCGGUCCAACAUCCGUCCACCCCCCGGUGGGCGGCCGGCCGUUCCCCACCCUGAUCCCCAAGCCCCCGUCUUCUCCUAUGUCCCUCCAUCUUCCCCUUCUCUUCCUCCUUGCCGUCUUCCUCUUCCCCACCUCGCUCCACUCCCAGCCCACCUCGCCGCCGCCGCCGGCACGAUGCCCGCUAAACUUCACCGCGCUGCGGCCCUUCCUCGGGCCGCAGCAGCCCCCCUCCGACGACGCCUCCCGCUGCGCCUUGGCGCUCCAGUCCGUCCGCCUACUCCUCUCCCUCCACCUCGCCGCCACCGGCUCCUUCCUCGUCCCCGCUGCUGACGCUUCCUCCUCCUGCCUCCCGCCGCUCCGCGCCGCGCUCCCCUUCCAGCUCCCUCCGCCCGACGCCUGCGGCCUUGGGGGGCUCGACGCGCUGCUCUCCGCCCCCGGAUGCUCCAACGUCUCCACGCUCGCCGACUUCGACCGCCUCGUGCCUGCCUCCGCGCGCAGGGACAUCAACGCCAGCUGCGACCGCGAGCUCGGCCCCGUCCCGGUCUGCACCGCCUGUACCACCUCGCUCAGCAAGGCCGCCGCGGCCUACCUCCUUCCUGGAUCCCCCGACGGCGGGAACAACGUCACGGGCUGCGUCCAGUACCCCUUCAUCUACGCCGGAGCCGCCGCCAGCCCGCGGGGCCCCGACGACCCGGACACCGCCUUCUGCCUCUACCUCCUAAGUGCGAGCUCUGGGUCCAUCGGCGGAUCCGGCGCCCCUGGUUGGCUCUACGGCGUCGUGUUUGGAUGCAUCGGCUUUGUGCUCGUGGUUGCCGCGGCUGCUGGUUCGUGGUUCUUGCUGCGACGGCACCGGAGGCGCGCUGCAGCGGCCGCACUAGCUGCGGCCAGGGCGGACAGCAGGAGCAAGCGCUCGCAGGCCAUGGAGUCCAUCAGCGCCAGCACCACACUCGUCAAGUUCACCUACGAUGAGAUCAAGACGGCCACAGGGGGCUUCACCAGGGAAAGCCUCAUUGGCCGUGGUGGAUUUGGGAAUGUGUACCAGGGGGUGCUCCCAGAUGGCACAGAGGUGGCAGUGAAGCGCUUCAAGAACUGCUCCGCAGCCGGGGACUCCGCGUUCGCACACGAGGUGGAGGUGGUGGCCAGCGUACGCCAUGUCAAUCUCGUCACGCUCCGUGGGUACUGCAUUGCCACCACGCAGAGGGAGGGGCACCAGCGUAUGAUUGUAUGUGACCUCAUGCACAAUGGCAGCCUUCACGAUCAUCUGUUCAGCUCCGGAGAGUGCCUGAUGGCCUGGCCGGUGAGGCAGAAGGUUGCCAUUGGGAUGGCAAGAGGGCUGUCCUAUCUGCACCGUGGCACACAGCCGGCUAUCAUUCACAGAGAUAUCAAGGCUAGCAACAUCUUGCUUGAUGACGAUUUCGAGGCAAAGGUGGCUGAUUUUGGAUUGGCCAAGUUUGCGCCGGAGGGGAUGACACAUGUGAGCACACGGGUUGCUGGCACAAUGGGUUAUGUCGCUCCGGAGUAUGCCCUCUAUGGCCAGUUGACUGAGAAAAGCGAUGUCUACAGCUUUGGAGUCGUGCUUCUUGAGCUUAUGAGUGGGAAGAGAGCCUUCAUCUCUCUCAGUGAGGGUCAGAGCUUCGUGCUCGCUGAUUGGGCUUGGUCAUUGGUGCGUAGUGGAAAGACACUGGAUGUGAUCCAAGAAGGAAUGGUUGAGCCUGGUCCUACUAAGGUCAUGGAGAAGUAUGUACUUGUCGCAGCACUCUGCACACAUCCACAGCUGCAUGCCAGGCCAACGAUGGAGCAAGUUGUGAAGAUACUGGAGGCAGAUUCAGCACCAGGGCCUUUAAUCAUUCCGGACCGGCCGCUCCCUGUUGUUGCAAACCUUGCUGACAUUGAGAGGUCAGUCAGCAGCAGCGGUUCAGUGCCAGAAACAGGCAUUCAUCUUACAAGAUGGUUGUGCAAGAAGAACAAGGGAGGGGGAUAGAAAGGAGCAAGGGAAAAAAGAAGAUAAAAGAUUACAACAUGCAAAUCUUCUAGUCAGGCCAUGAAUCUAUCAAAUGCUGGGCAGCCUUCUUCUCGACUUUUUUCAUUCUGAAAAACCACAACUUGAAAGUAUCUUGACAUUGUCGAACCACCAUGGGAACCACUGAAGAUUCCUUUCUAUAAUCUGGGAUUGUGUACAUACUUAUUUGGUGUUAAUUCUUACCCCGUGUCUGCCAAAAUCUAGUUUUACUUUUGUAUACAAAAGAUUGUUAUUGUUAUCUGAACUCUGAGAACAUGAGUAAACUAUCUUAAAUGACUAAUUUGGAUAUUUA